AUGGCUCUUCAGAAACAUGUCCGUGGCACCGACGUGCUUCUUGAUAAUAAGAAGUCAUUGAGUGUCGUUGAUAAGACGAAUGAGAAAGCUCACCCUGCUGAUACACAAGCGAGGAAAUUGGAAGCUGAUGUUGACACGGACCUUCGGGAGAUUUAUUUUCUGAUUAUGCAUUUUUUGUCAGCUGGACCGUGUCAGAAGACCUGCACACAGUUCUGGAAUGAACUCCAGGAGAAUCGGCUUCUACCAAGAAGAUAUCAUGCAUGGUAUUCGAGGAGUGGAAGGAAUAGUGGAGAGGAAGAUGAUGAUGGAAUGUCCCUGCCAAUGACUUAUGUCAAGCUGAUAGAGAGGUACCCUCACAUUGCAAAGGAUCACUUAGUUAAGCUUUUGAAGCAACUUAUAUCGAACACAGCAUCUCCUGCUCGCAACUUGUUUGGGGGAAAUGUUUUAAAUGCGGCUGAUGUCCCCACUUUAUUGGGAACUGGUUCCUUUUCCCUUGUUGGCGGUCAACAAAACAAGGUGAAUCACGAAGUGAGUCUGCCUGGCUUUUUGCGAUGGCCUCACAUGAUGGCUGAUCAAGUACGAGGGCUCAGUCUGAGGGAAAUUGGUGGGGGGUUUUCCCGGCACCAUCGUGCUCCCUCUGUCCGUGCAGCUUGUUAUGCAAUAGUAAAGCCAUCAACCAUGGUGGAAAAGAUGCAGACAAUAAAAACAGUUAGAGGACAUUGUCACCCUGUCUAUUGUGCCACUUUUGACCGGUCAGGGAGAUUUGUCAUUACGGGAUCGGAUGAUAAACUUGUGAAAAUUUGGUCAAUGGAAACUGCAUAUUGCUUGGCUAGUUGCCGCGGACACAAGGGUGACAUCACUGACCUGGCUGUGAACUUCAACAACACGUUGGUAGCUUCUGCCUCAAAUGAUACAACCAUACGCGUUUGGAGGUUGAAUGAUGGGUAUCCAAUUUCAGUCUUGCAGGGUCAUACGGACUCUGUUACGGCUAUUGCCUUCAGUCCUAGACCAGGCGCCCUUUUUCAACUUUUAUCGACAUCUGACGAUGGAACAUGUCGAAUUUGGGAUGCUCGGCAUUCAAACUUUAGUCCUCGUUUAUAUGUUCCAAAACCUUCUGAAUCUGUGGCCGGUAGGAACAAUGGUCCUUCAGCAACAACUGCCAUCUCUUGCUGUGCAUUCAACUCCAGCGGAACUGUUUUCGUCACUGGAAGCGCCGACAAGCUUGCUAGGGUUUGGAAUGCUUGCAAGUCCAAUGCAGAAGAGUCUGGACCUAAUCAUGAGAUGGAUGUUUUAGCUGGCCAUGAGGAUGAUGUAAACUAUGUGCAGUUCAGUGGCUGUGCCUUGACGUCUCGAUUAUUUGUCUUAGAUGCCUCAAAAGAAGAAAACCUUCCGAAGUUUAAGAACACAUGGUAUAACCAGGAUAAUAUAGUUACCUGUUCUCGAGAUGGCAGUGCUAUUAUUUGGAUUCCAAAAUCUCGUAGAUCUCAUGGUAAGGUUGGACGAUGGACUCGAGCAUAUCACCUUAAGGUGCCUCCACCGCCUAUGCCUCCUCAACCACCAAGAGGAGGCCCUCGACAAAGAAUUCUUCCAACUCCGCGUGGUGUUAAUAUGAUUAUAUGGAGUCUGGAUAAUCGUUUUGUCCUUGCAGCUAUCAUGGAUUGCAGGAUAUGUGUGUGGAAUGCUGCUGAUGGUAGCUUAGUUCAUUCUUUGACAGGCCACACAGAUCAAACAUAUGUUUUGGAUGUUCAUCCAUUCAACCCUAGAAUGGCAAUGAGUGCUGGAUAUGAUGGGAGAACAAUAAUCUGGGAUAUAUGGGAAGGUAUACCAAUUCGAACAUUUGAAAUUGGCCGAUUCAAGCUGGUUGAUGGAAAGUUUUCCCCGGAUGGAACGUCGAUUAUACUCUCCGAUGAUGUUGGUCAAUUGUAUAUACUGAGCACUGGCCAAGGAGAAUCCCAAAUGGAUGCCAAAUAUGAGCAGUUUUUCUUAGGCGACUAUCGUCCACUUGUUCAAGAUGCACAUGGCAAUGUUCUUGACCAGGAAACUCAGCUAGUACCCUUUCGGAGGAAUAUGCAAGAUCUUCUUUGUGAUUCAGGCUUGAUACCUUAUCCUGAGCCUUAUCAGAGCAUGUAUCAAAAACGGCGCCAUGGUAUUUUGGGCAUUGAAUGGCGCCCGUCUUCUGUAAAUUUUGUUAUCGGGCAUGAUAUUUCUCUGGGGGAAGGAGGCACAAUCAUUCCUAUGAUAGAUUUGGAUAUUCCGGUUGAUCCUUUGCCAGAGUUUUUGGAUGCGAUGGACUGGGAACCAGAAAUUGAGAUACAAAGCGAUGAUGAUUCUGAGUACCACGUAACCGAGGAGAAUUCAUCUGGCGGUGAACAAGAGAGCUCGUUUUCUCGCUCUCCCAAUUCGGAGAGCAGUGGAAAUGAUAGUGGAGAGGAGAGUUCUCACAGGGACCGUCGAAGAUCAAAAAGGAAAAAACAGAAGGCUGAGAUUGAGGUCACAACAUCUUCGGGAAGACGUGUUAAGCGAAAAAAUCUGGACGACUAUGGGGAUCGUUCACAAGUUAACAACCGCUGCAGAAAAUCAAAAAGUGGUAAUAAAUCUUCUCGAAAAAAAUCAUCUUCUUUGAAGUCUGGAAGACCUCGGAGAGCUGCUGCCAGGAAUGCCCUUCAUCUAUUCUCCCGAAUCACGGGAACAUCAACAGAUGCAGAUGGAGAACAUAGCACUGAAGGUGAUUCAUCAGAUAGUGAUGCCCUGUCAAAUAUUAGUGAAGAAUCUGAUCCAUCUUUGAUCGAGGAACAUCAAGAGAAUGUUAAAGGAAAGGGAGUUUUGAUUGAUCACACUGAAGAUUUAGACAAUAAGAUUGAUCGAUGCUCUGAAUCGCAUGUAGAAGCUGGUACCCGAAGGAAGCUAAUCCUGAAAUUUCCUAAUCGUGAUUCGGGUAAAUUUGCGGGUGGAAGCAAGAAUGGUGUUGCUGGCCCUUCAUUUACACCUCGCAUGCAUGCUGAUAGGAUGGCUACUUCUACUGAUGCCAAUAGCACUGAAAUGGACAAAAGCCGUAUGUGCUUAGAUUUGCUUGAAGGUUCGAAAGAUGGUAAUGUUUGCUGGGGAGGGGUGAAGACUCGUACUUCCAAACGUUCGAAAAUAGGCGAAUCACAGUCAGUGAUUGUACUUGCUGGGUCCAAUAUAGUUGUUGAUGGGAAUGACCGGAAGGUCAAUUCUGAUGGUGGCCGAAAUGAGAAUGAGUCAGGCCUGAUAUCGUUGAGACCCCAUGUCCAAAAUGAAGGGGCAGCAGCAGAAACUGUUGACAUGAACAAGUAUCAAGGAAGCAUGAGCACUUCCAGUAAUCUUGAGGCAGCGGUUGAUGAGGGGCCAAAUUCUUUCUUGAUUGAACACGAACCAUCAUAUGAACUAGUCAUGGAUGGUCGAUCAGUACUUCCCAUGCUAGAUACUAAUGGCAAUGAUAACAGCUUACAAUCACUGGAAAAGUCUUUUACAGCACCAAAGAGGCUUCGCAUCAAGUCCAGAAUAUUUUCUGACGACCAUGUAAAUUCUGGCAAGAUAGGGAACCAACCCUUGCUUGAGGAUUCCAGGCAUGUGCCCGGUGGUACGUCUGGCAGUCAAGAUAAUGGCUGUGAUCUAAAGUCUGGUGUCUUUAUCAAUGGUUGGAAAGGAACAUCUAAUGUGGAAAAUGGAAGCCAUGAUCAUAACCAAGAAUCAAACUCCCUGAUUGAUACUUCUUCUGGGGCUGCUCUACCCGACCUGCAGCAGUUGCCUCCACAAAACAGGACAUUUGGUGCUGUUUAUCGAAGGUCAAAGUCUCUAAGGAGAAGAGGUAAUCAAGAAGACGAGAAUGAAAAUAUUGGAAUAAGCGGUUCAGUCACAGGAGAGGACAGCCUACAUGAUAGAAAAGAGGAGUUGACUGAAGGUAUCAGGUUGACAAGGUCCGUGCAAUCAAGGUCAUCAGCUAUAGAGGAACAAAACCUAAAAGAUGGAGAUGUUUCUGCUCAGCUUGAAGGUGUAAGACGGACGAGGUCAAUCAGAUUGAGAUCAAAAACUCAUGACUCAAACCAGGAGGCGGUUGGUGGUUCAGGAGAUACAGCGCCUGGUGCAGAGACAACUAGUAGAGAUGAAGAUAUCUCUCCAAGAACUGACAUGACAAUAUCAAGAUCAAGCAGAAAUCGGAAACCUAGUUAUCAUGUACGUGAGGCUAGUCCUGUAGAUAAUAGAAGGAAAUCAAAUCAAUUGACAAAAAGUUCAUGGCUAAUGUUGUCAACACUUGAAGAGGGAUCACGGUACAUUCCCCAGUUAGGGGAUGAUGUUGUUUACCUGAGACAGGGUCAUGAAGAGUACAUAACCCAGAGCAAGUUGAAGGAAUCAGGGCCGUGGAAUACACUCAAGGGUGAAAUCAGAGCCGUUGAAUUCUGCAAGGUUGAGGAGCUUGCAUAUUCAACACGUCCCGGGUCCGGCGAGAGCUGCUGCAAAAUGUUACUUAGAUUUGUAGAUCCCGCUUCUAGUGUAGUCGGUGAGUCAUUUAGGUUAACAUUGCCUGAAGUGACCACCUUUCCAGACUUUCUUGUGGAGAGAAGUCGAUAUGAUGCUGCAGUGUCGAGGAAAUGGACUUCUAGAGAUAAAUGCCAAGUUUGGUGGCAAAAUGAUGGCGGCGAGGUAGGGGGGACUUGGUGGGAUGGCCGUAUUACGUCAGUGAAGCCUAAAUCUUCAGACUUUCCAGAUAGUCCGUGGGAAAGGUAUGUAGUUCAGUACAAGAGCGAUCCCCGAGAAACACAUCAACAUAGUCCUUGGGAACUCUACAAUGCUGACACUCAUUGGGAGCAGCCUCAUAUUGAUGCUGGAAUUCGACAUCGGCUGCUCAGCGCUUUUGCCAAACUGGAUAAAUCUGUAAAUAAGAAGGACAAUUAUGGGUUGCAGAAAUUGAGAGAGGUUUCUCAAAAGACCAGUUUUGCUAACAGGUUUCCGGUUCCCUUGUCUUUUGAAGUGAUCCAUUCUAGGUUAGAGAACAACUAUUAUAGAAGUUUGGAUGCAAUGAAGCAUGAUUUCCAAGUAAUGUUAUCAAAUGCAGAAUCUUACUUCGCAAGAAGCAGUGAUUGUUUAGCAAAAAUUGGACGUUUGUCUGACUGGUUUGCACAAUUAACGUCUUCGCUAUAG